GGCUCAUUACCUUGCCCGAGACGGCAUGGCCGGCCGGGGGAAGCGGCGCGGGGAGAGGGCGGGGCGGCGGCGGCGGCGGCGGCGGCGGUGGAGGAGGGGAGGCGCGGAGGGGAGCCGAGGGGCGGAAGAGGCGGCGGCGGCGGCGGGGCGGGAUUCUUCUCCUCCUUCUCCUCAGGCGCGGCGGAAGGGCGACGGCGACGGCCCCGCCUGCUGCUGCUGCGGCGGCGGCGGCGGCUGCUGCUGCGGCGGCUCCUCCUCCUCUCGCAGCGGCGGCGGCGGCUCCGAUCUAGUCAGGCUGAGGCAGCGCGCGGGGCAUGCCGGGAAGGAAACCGAGGGGCCGCGCGGGGGACGGGCCGCCGCGGAGCACGCCGGGAAGAUGGGCCGCCGCGGAGCACGCCGGGAGUUGUGGUCCGGAGGGAGCGGCUGCUUAAAUGAAAUUGUAGGUUGCACGGAUGCAAAAACUUGGAGCAUUAAGGGGCUUAGCGUAUGUGUAGACAUUACCAUACUUGGAAUAUAUUAUGUAAAGACUCAGUUCUUUCAAGACCUUGUAUUUAUUUAUUUUAGUGUCAAUCUAUCUUAUCAAAGAAUUAUGACCAGCAGGAUCCAGGAAGAGAGCCUUCUGAUGCCUCUUACCCUGUGGAACAUUGCCCCCCCCCCAGAAGCGGGCUUGGAGCUUUGGAAACCAGGAAACGGCUAUGUAUGUCCCCUUAAGUCUCAUCACCACUUGGUUUUCUAUCCAGAUGUGGUUUGUCUCAUGUUGAAACAAUGACUGACGUUUUCUAGUACGUUCGGCUUCAAAAGGGAUGAAUAAAUACAAGGAAAAUGCACUAAAGCUUAAUAUUGCAGUGACAUCCAAGCGAAGCCCAGAUGUUCUCAUUCCUUGUGGAUUAAGGAAUCAUCCAUAGAUAUUUCUAGUUUCUUGGCCAACCUGUCUUCUAUCCAGUUGCUUAACAUCAAGAGUGUGAUUAUUGCUACAUUCCUUCUUCCUCUUUGGUGAAUCGUCUUUUUUAAAAAAAAUAUUUUUAAUAAAUUAAGGUUAAUUAAGAAUUUUCAGAACAGCAAUAAAUCUUCCAGACUGAACAAACAGCCCAUCUGAGGAACAACGGAUACAGAUAAUUCUCCAAUAAUAUUGUCCAAAGUUAUGUUGUCAUAAUUUGGCUUCCAAGCUAUUGACCAGCUGGUUUCUCAAGUUUUGCUAUACCGUAGCUUAAUUAUGGUUGACACCAUCAGCUGCAAUUGUCAGGAUUCAUUCAAGCUAGUAAGCUGUAAAACCACAGUUUGUAAGUCACCACGGUAGGAAUUUCAUAGCAGGCUCAACAAAACCAAACAACUAGAUCGCUCAUGACCGCCGGAGUGAGUCUCACCUAGAGUUUCCACAAUCUGCCGAGCCAUCUUUUAUGACUUAUUAUCUAUAAAAUAUUCAUUACUUAUUUAUUAAUGCUCAGAGUUGUGGAGAGUUGGGUGGCAUUAUGUUUAAUAAGCUAUUAUAGUUGGUCACACAAUUGGCCAGAUGUUCAGUCUGGAUUUGACAUUUUUGUCCACCUAUUGAGACCCUCCCAAUGAUCUGGAAUAAGCAAAUGUAGAUGUUUGAUGGUCUAAGAUGACCUCCAAGGCUCCUUCCAACAUUAUUAUUAUUAUUAUUAUUAUUAUUAUUAUUAUUAUUAUCAUUAUCAU